AUGUGCGCUUGCAACUGCAGUUCCCAGGCCAACCCCUCCUCGUUCAUCCUGCUGGGAAUCCCAGGGCUGGAAAGUGUUCAACACUGGCUCUCCAUCCCGCUCUCUUCCAUGUACCUCAUCACCAUCUUGGGCAACAGCACGAUCUUAGUGGUCAUCAAGAUGGAGCCCAGCCUCCACAAGCCCAUGUACAUCUUCCUCUCCAUGCUGGCUGCCCUCGACCUGGCUGUCUCGACCGCAACCCUGCCCAAGAUGCUCUGGACCUUCCUGUUCAAUGCCGGCGAGAUCAGCUUUGGUGGGUGUCUGGCUCAGAUGUUCUUCACCCACUCUUUCUCCGUGAUGGAGGCCACCGUCCUGGUGGCCAUGGCCUUUGACCGCUAUGUGGCCAUAUGCUCCCCGCUGCGCUACGAGGCCAUUUUGACCAAGCCUGUCCUCCUCAAGAUUGGGGUGGUGGUGGUGGCCCGAGCAGUUGUUCUCAUCACCCCGUUCCCGGUCCUUGCAAGGCGGCUGCCUUUCUGCAGAAGCCACCUGGUGCCCCAUACCUAUUGCCAGCACAUGGCUGUAGUGAAGCUGGCCUGCACUGACGUCACGGUCAACAGCCUGUACGGGCUGAGCGUGGCCCUCCACGUGGGCAUAACCGACGUCCUGCUCAUCGGCCUCUCUUAUGGCAUGAUUCUCCGUGCCGUCCUCCGCCUGCCCUCCAAGGAGGCUCGCCUCAAGGCCUUCAACACCUGCGGCUCCCACAUCUGCGUCAUAUUGAUUGCCUUCGUCCCAGGACUCUUCUCCAUCCUGACGCACCGCUUUGGCCACAAGGUGGCUCCACAUGCCCGCGUCCUCCUGGCUAACCUCUACCUGCUGCUGCCGGCUACCCUCAACCCCAUCAUCUACGGGGUCAAGACCAAGGAGAUCCGCAACAGAGUGUUGUUCUUGUUCUCUUAUUCUAUACAAGGCCAUGCCAGGGACAGUCCUCAGGAUGAGGGCAUAGGAGAUGAGGAUGAAGAGCAGGAGGAGGGCCGGACAGAGAGGUCCCAAGGGGACAGUUGGGUGGUGAGGCCCAUAGAGCAGGAGGAGUGGACAGGGGAAGCAGAAUCAGUAUGCACAGAGAUAACCACCGAAGCCGAGUGGCCACAGGAACCAGAGUUGCGACUGAGCGGGCCGGCUGCACCAGACCAAAUGGCCCUGUCGCAUCCAGUAGCCCUGGAACACGAGUCAAAACCAGAACUCCUGACCGAGAAACACUCCAGGCAGCAACGCCUACGUAGGCGGCCAGCGUACAUCGAGGACUAUGAAUGCAAACCUCCUGGGCACAACUGGAACUUAUAG